GCGACAUCAAGAAAAAGAUAAAGAUACGUUAAACGGUAGAGCUCUAAUGUCUCCUAAUAGAGCUCUACCGUUUAACGUAUCUUUAUCUUUUUCUUGAUGUCGCAUGCAGAUAUCUGUAUGUCAGACAUAAGGAUACAUACAGAAAAGAAAGCAUAAUCUGUAUGCGACAUCAAGAAACAGAUAAAGAUACACUAAACGGUAAUAUUACAUUCGGAUAUGGAUAUGCGGCAUACAGAAAAAGAAGACUUACACGCUAGAAUUCUAAUGAAAGAAUUCGAAACAUACAUCAUCAUUCAACUCAGUUUUUGAUGCUGAUUCUAAAUAUAAUAUUUUUAUUGCAUAAAAGUUGAGUUCUGAUAGAGAAACCUGGGAACUAUGGAGAGAAUUCCGACUUUUUUGCCCGAUUUAGAAAAAAUGAAUUUUUUCCACUGAACCAAUGAUACGUAGGGUUUGUUUAUUCAGAAUAUUGUAGAACUUUUCAAGCGCUAAUCGUCUAUACUAAAGAAUAGUUGCAACCUCUCUUGCUUAUAGAGAAAGUGUUCGAAAAUAAACUAUUUCUCUUUGGUAAUAUGAUACUUAACUAUGAUUCAUAUACCAUUUUGUUCAGUUUUUAAUUAGCAAUUUUUCUACAUUAGCGUAAUUUCAUAUUAGAUUUUGAAGAAAUUCGUGUUUGUUAAGCACUGAUAUCUAUUAUGCACCACUUCAGAAAAAUUAAUUUAAAAAAAUUCAGUGUAAGAUUCUAAAGGCUCAGAUGAACUGAAAAAUGUGUAGAAUCGUUUUCUCUGUAAAAUCUGAUCAAAAUUAAGUCGAAAAAACAGUGGGCCAACAGCAAGGAAAAUUGGCCCCCUCCUUUGAAAAAGAAACGGAAAAAAGAUUCGUAUCUGUCAAUAGAACCGGCUGUUUAUCAUUACUGUUACUAGUAACAACAGAUGCUAAUUUGUUACGUUGUUACUAGUAACAAACUAGCAUCUUUUGUUACUAAUUUCUAGUAACAAGUAACAAAUUCUUGUUACUUUGGUUGGUAAAGUAACACCGAGUAAUAAGUAUAUCUGUCAAAGUGUUAAAUACUGUUAAAAUGUUAAAUACUGUUGUACUUUCAUUGACUAAACGAAAUAUCUUAAAGGCGAUAGAGCAGGUAAUUUCUAACAAUGAGAAAUACCAUUUUCUAGGAUCCCUUUCCUUAAAUGAACUGAAAAGAUUGCGUCCAUAUACACACAAUCUAAUAUUAAAUCGUCAUGUUUUUCAAUAAAAUCGCGAAUAACACUUGUCAUUUAUGUGCUGCCAUCUUUCCAAUUCCAAAUCAUAUUCAGACUGCACGCAAGCAGCUUUCGGCAUGCGUGUUUGUACAUACUAAAGAGCAUUCACGCGAGAGCUUUUGAAGUCAAAUUUUAUGUACAUUAACGGCACCUUCACUCUACCUGGUCUAUUAGCUGCAAAGUAGAUGUUGGUGAAUUAUGGAUUUAUACGCAAACAUUGCAGACGUGGUAUGCCAACGGACAAGGGAAUUGAUUACAUAGAAAACCACUCAUGAACGGCACCCUAUUUGCCUCUAACACUGUUCAUAAGAAGACUGUGCGCAUGCAGGAAACACGCAUAUGAAUGUUCACACGUCCAUUUUUUUUCAGAUAUUCUUAUUCUAUUUUAGUCUAUAAUUCAGAAAGAGAAUGGUACGGACUUGCCAUAACAAAAAUCCUGAUGAUUUAUUCGCUGACAGGAAGUUUUUGUUUUAGCCAUUACGCUUGGAUGUCAAAAGAAAGUUGUCUGUUCGAUCUGAUCGCGUUAAAUGUGUUGAUAUACAUCCAAAUGAACCGUGGUUACUAGUAACACUUUAUAAUGGACAUGCACACAUUUAUAAUCACGAUACACAACAAUUAAUUAAAACAUUUGAAAUCUGUGAUGUACCUGUACGUGCUGGAAAAUUUGUUGUUAGAAAAAAUUGGGCUAUCACAGCGUCCGAUGAUAUGUUAAUACGUGUCUACAAUUAUAAUACUUUAGAGCGUCUCCAUCAGUUUGAAGCACACAGUGACUAUAUUCGUUCGAUUGCUGUGCAUCCUACACAAUCGUACAUCUUAACUAGUAGCGAUGAUAUGACAAUUAAAUUAUGGGAUUGGGAUGCUAAAUGGGCAUUGAAACAAACAUUUGAAGGACAUAUUCAUUAUGUAAUGCAAAUCGCCAUUAAUCCAAAAGAUAACAAUACGUUUGCAUCAGCAUCACUCGAUAGAACAGUCAAAGUGUGGCAAUUAGGCUCAUCACAACCAAAUUUUACACUGGAAGGUCAUGAGAAAGGUGUGAACUGUAUUGAUUAUUAUUCUGGUGGUGAUAAACCAUAUCUUGCUUCCGGUGGUGAUGAUCGUCUUGUUAAAAUAUGGGAUUAUCAGAAUAAAACGUGUGUUCAGACAUUAGAGGGUCAUACACAGAAUGUUGGAUGUGUUGCAUUUCACCGAGAAUUGCCAAUUAUUUUAUCUGGAUCAGAAGAUGGCACAGUGAAAUUAUGGCACUCGAAUACUUAUCGUUUAGAAUCAACAUUGAAUUAUGGUAUGGAACGUUGUUGGACAAUAUCAUGUUUAAAAGGUUCAAAUAAUGUGGCAUUGGGCUAUGAUGAAGGAACAAUGAUGAUCAAACUUGGUCGUGAAGAGCCAGCAAUGUCCAUGGAUUCAUCAACCGGCAAAAUUGUUUGGGCUAAACAUUGUGAAAUGCAACAAGUAAAUUUAAAACAAUUGAGUAGUGAACAAGAAUUAAAAGAUGGUGAAAAAGUACCAUUGAGUGUAAAAGAAAUGGGUAGUUGUGAAAUAUAUCCGCAAACAUUAUGUCAUUCGCCAAAUGGACGAUUUGUUGUUGUUUGUGGUGAUGGAGAAUAUAUUAUUUACACAGCUAUAACAUUGAGAAACAAAAGUUAUGGAAAUGCAAUGGAAUUUGUUUGGUCACAUGAUUCAUCUGAAUAUGCUAUUCGAGAUGGAAAUAUAGUGAAAAUAUUUAAAAAUUUUAAAGAAAAAAAAAGUUUUAAACCAGAAUCAGGCGCUGAAGCUAUAUUUGGUGGUUCAUUGCUUGGUAUCAAAUCAUACACGGGUUUAACAUUUUACGAUUGGGAUACAACGACUUUAGUACGACGAAUUGAAAUUGUUCCAAAAACGAUAUAUUGGUCUCAAAAUAAUGAAUUAGUGUGUAUAGAUACAGAAGAAUCGUAUUAUAUUUUACGUUAUAAUCCACAAGCAAUAACAGCCGCAGCGACUAAUAAAGAUUUAAUAUCAGAUGAUGGUGUCGAAGAUGCCUUUGAUGCAUUAAAUGAAAUACAAGAAAUUGUUAAAACUGGAAUGUGGAUUGGUGAUUGUUUUAUCUAUACAAAUUCUUUAAAUCGUAUUAAUUAUUAUGUUGGAGGAGAAAUUGUGACAAUUUCACAUUUAGAUCGAGUCAUGUAUUUAUUGGGUUAUGUAUCCACUGAAAAUCGUUUAUAUUUGGGUGAUAAAGAAAUGACUAUUGUUUCGUAUGAGUUGUCAUUGGCUGUACUUGAAUAUCAAACAGCUGUAAUGCGAAAAGAUUUUGAAACAGCUGACCAAGUUUUACCCACCGUACCAAAAGAACAACGAACACGUGUAGCACAUUUCUUAGAAAAACAGGGUUAUCGGCAACAAGCACUGGCUGUUACACUGGAUAAUGAACAUAAAUUUGACUUAGCAUUACAUUUGGGUAAUCUGCAAAUAUGCCACGAAUUAGCACUAGAAAUGGAAAAUGAACAAAAAUGGAUACAAUUAGCUGAUUUAGCAACAAAACGUUGUGAUUUUCAAUUAGUACAAGAAUGUUUAAAUCGUGCACAAGCCUAUGGUUCACUCAUUUUAUUGGCAAGUGCUAGUAGUGACAAACAACUGAUGAAAAAAAUUGGCGAACAAUCACUAAAAAGUGGUCAAUUUAAUAUGUCAUUUUUAGCCAAUUUUGUUUUGGGUGAUUUAGAUAAAUGUUUACAAAUUUUAAUUGAUAAUAAUCGUUUAUCCGAAGCGGCAUUUUUCUCUCGAACAUAUUUACCAUCAAAAAUUGGCAUGACUGUCCAAUUAUGGCGUGAAAAAUUAAAAAAAUCAAAUAUGGAACGUUCAGCACAAGCCCUUGCUAAUCCAACAGAUUAUGAAAAUUUGUUUCCAGGUUUAAUUGAUACAUAUAAAACAGAACAGUAUUUAAAAACAAACAAAAAACAAAUGUUAGCCACAGAUUAUCAAAUAAUUACGCCGAACUGGGAACGGCAUCCAAUUACUGAAAUGAAAGAAGCAGAAAAUAAUGGUGACUUUUUUUACGGUUCGGUAGGAAAAAAUGAUGAUAAUCAAGAAGAAGACGACGAGUUUGAUGAUGCAACGACUGACAAACCAAUAACUAUGACAGCACAGCUACCACUACAAAUACCAAAACAACAAUCAUCAGUAAUACCGAACACUUUUGCUCCUCCGCAGACGAAUAUUUCUACUACCACUCCAUCUAGCAAUAAAUUAACUCCACCAAUCCCAUCAUCGUCAAUAACAACUUCAUUUCGUUCACAAUUGCCAAUCAAUUCAACUUCUAUUUCGUCUUCGACAACUGCUUCGACCAAAAGUUCAACGCUACAAACAUUAAAAACACAAACACCUACAGCAGCCGUACAAAAAUCAUCUAAUACGACGACGUCGGCGCGAAAAGAUUCACUAACUGAUUUAGAAAAAGAAUUACAAGACUUUGAUAUUGAUUUGAAAGAUGAUGUAAGCGAUGAUAGUGAAACAGAAACAGAAAAACGAGUUGCAGACGGAGUAAAACGGGAUGAUAAUGUUGAGGUAACACAAAAACAAAACAAAAAAUAUGAAAUAAAGCAUGGCAUCAUUUAUAGUUAA